AAUUACUUAUGAAGAGAAAAGAGAUGCAGAAAGAGAGAUGGAGAACAAAAGAAGAUAAAGGGGGAGAGAAGGAAAAAAGGAAGGAGGGAGAAAGAAAUGCAAAAUCUUGCUGCACACAGUGUCGUACACCUGCAAUCCUGGCUACUCAGAAAGCUGAAGCAUCAGGAUAUAAAUUUCAAGCCUAGUUUGGGCAACUUGGUGAGGCCCUGCCUCAAAAAAUAAAAAGGGCUUGGGAUGUAAGUUAGUGGUAGAAUAUUCCUGAGUUCUAUACUCAGUACCACAGAAAGAAAGAAAAAUGCCAAAAUAUGAGCCCUACUUCAGACCAACUGAAGCAGAAUCUAUAGUUUAGGGCUGGGGAUGCAGCUCAGCGGUAGAGCACUUGCCUAGCAUGCAUGAAGUCCUGGGUUUCAUCCCCAGCACCACAAAAAAGUAAAGUGUGGGAAGGCAGUACUUCCCAAACUUACCAAAGGAUUCUCUUGGAAUAUUUAAAGUUUAAUUUGUAGGCUUCUCCUCUGACAACCUAAAUUCAGAAGGCAUGAAAGGAUCCAAGAAACAGUAGUACUAAAAUUAAGUUGCUUCAGUGAUUACUAUGGUCAGGCCAGCAUGGAAAACCCCUGCUCAUUUCUCUCAGACCUGGACCAAGCCACAAAGCUGGAGAAGAACCUCCUGCUCUGAGAUCAUACAGAGGCAGCCACUGCUACCCUAGAAACAGGAACUUGGGCAAGGUGGCUCCUCGAUGGUCUCUGAUGCCGUCAGAGGAAGCGAGUGGUUGUGAGAACCACAAUCUGCAGACAGAAGCCAGAGCUCAGAGGAGACAUGCCUGUGUCUGUGACAGUCACAGAUCCCUAGGCCACCUGCCUUGUCCUGCUGUGCUGGUGAGGAUUGCCCAAUCUGGGGUCCCUAAGGAGCCUGGGUCCCUGUCCUAUCCUGGAGUACAAACUGCUGAUCACAAGAUAGAUGCUGAACUAACCCACUCUGACAUCAAGAGUCCUUCUGAAGUUCCUCCGAGUCUGAGUUCUGGGUGGCCUAGGACCAAGGACAUUGGCAGAUUUCCAGAAGGGACCCCCAAAGCCCUAAGCUUACCAGCCAAAGCAUGGUUUUAGCUGAUGCCCUGCCCAAGUCCCUGAUGACAAGAAACCAGUAAGUAUACUUGCUUCUGUUUCCUGGUGGGCUCAGCAUAGAUGAGGAAGAGUGAUGCCCUCCAGGGCUGGGAUGGGCUUUAUUUACAGUUAGGAAGCAAAUGUUCCAGGAGGAGGGGAGGUGGUUCUACUGGGACUGUAAGAGGUGGUUUCUGGGACCCUGAAAGAACUAAGAUCCCCUCUCCCACUUUGACCACCUCCUGGAGAUUUAUUUUAUUCUCCAGCUUGUUUUUGUACAUUGCCUGUUCUAGACCCCUCUUGGUUAGUUACUUGUUGUGUGACUUUUGGCCCCUUUCUGGGCCAUAGUCUUUCAAAUUCAGAUGAGUAAGAGGGCUGUGGAUUAUCCUCUCUGAAAACACCCCCAGCUGCCAGAUCUUUCAAAGAGUGAGAUUCUCAGUUGAAAAAGCAGGAAAGGGUUUGGGAGUGUACCUCAGUGGGGCCCUGGAUGCUGUUCUCAACUCCAAAAAGAAAAAGAGCAAGAGGCCCCCCUUUAGCUUAAUCCAAAUUCCUCAUUCUUACCCUCACUGCUGAAAAAUGAUCUUCAUAGGCACCGAAGAGUGGAUAGUAGUCCAGCUCUGCUCUAACCAGCUGCCCAAGCACAAAGUCAUCCUCUCGGGCCCUGGUCCUUGCAUCUGAAAUGAGACUCAAGUGGGAUGAUCAGAACAAAGCCAGGCAGAGUGCUGAUCUCAGCUGCCUUUUACUCUUUCCUGCCACCCACUCACACAGGUCCCCUAGAAAGUGCCUAGCACACAGUAAGUUGCUGAAGUAUGUGUGGUUAAUGAUUCGAUUUCCUCUUAUAAAUAUUGCAGCCCACACCUCCUUCUCCUGGGCCUGCCCUGCUGCCACCUGGUCUUCAUAUUGCCUCAGGAGCUUCCUGGCCUGGACCAGAUCAGGUGGAGAAAGCUGCAGAGCCCAGCAUACAUGCAGCUCCCUUAUUGCCAUGGCACCCAUCCCCCAGCCCCACUUGCAAAGAAGUCCUCUCUGAGUUGAUUGCAGUUGAUGAUUGUGGUCUUGCUGAAGGAGGGGAAAGGAAACUAAGCCUUACUGACACCUGCUCCAUGCCAAGCUCCUCCCCUUCUCCUCACAACCCUGUGGAGUCAAUAUUACGAUUCCUGCUUUGUCUAAGGUCACACAGCUCAGACCAGAUAAGUCUGAAUAAGUCUGAGUAAGUCACCCAUGCUACCCAGGUCAGAUGGAAAGUGAAGCAUUUGUCCUGUACCUCAUACCCAAGGGGUAAGGAUGGGCUGGGGCAGCAGGGACGCUGAGGAACCAAACUGAAAUGGUGCCCUAGCGCUUAGGGACCUAGCGCUCUCACUGGGCAGCAGCACCAUCUCACUCCAACGCUGCCAGAACCAAAAAGACUGAGUAAAAAAUGUGCCAAGUGAUGGCCCAUCUUGCUCCUGUCUCUGAACACUGAGCUCCGCAUGGAGAAGCAGCAGCAGACAGGUAUUAUGAUUCCCAUUGAUGACAUGGGACUGGAGAACAGAAGGCAGGGACCUGGCACAAGUAUUCCAUCCUCCAAGGCAGGAUCUUUACUCCUCAGAGAGGACUGGCCCAGGAGGCCACAGACGUGAUGGACAUGGUCUUCAUCCAGGCAAUGUGAGGUUCAAAAGCAAGGAAGGUGACCACCAUGUCACCACACCAUUUUGUGAGUUCCCCUCUCUAACUCCCUACCCUUGCUAAAGAGCAAAAACUCUGAACGCCAGCUAAAGGGAAACAGACUGGCAUAAUCAUGCCUUGUCGCUACUGAAAAGCAUAAAACCAUCCGAGAAAAAACACAGAACCCGGCCCAACCCCCAACAUUUUGACACAAUGUUUGGAAAGAUCAGCAUCACUCUAGAACCUGGGAACAUGAAUUAUUCUAAGGACAAGACACCUGUCCAAAGAAAUAAUCAUUCUGUUCGUUUAGUUAAUGGGUAUCCAGUGCCUUCUGUGGGGGUCUCACUGGAUGCUGGGGAAAGGAGCAUGGAAUUGUAGGAUAAUGGCGGAUCAAGCACUUGAGUGUAAGGCUGGGGAUGUGGCUCAGUGGUGGAGAGCUUGCCUGGCAUGUGUGAGGCCGUAGUUUGAUCCCCAACACCACAAAAAAUAAAAUAACUUUGUAAGGAACACAACAGGAAGUUAGAGGCUUCUGAGAAGUGACAUUCAGGACAAGAGAAAGGAAAUGUAGGGCCUGGGUAGGUUUUUCAGGGAAUUAUCUCUAGGAGCCAUAUGCUGGGUGUUGUAAUCCCCAUUUUUCAGAUGCAGAAAAGGAGGCACCAAGAGAGGAAGUAGUCUGACAGCCCGUUGCCCAUAGCCUUGCAAGUCAUUGUCAUACAGCCUCCCUGGCAUCUUACUCUGCCCUGUAACACCAACAGCAACAUGUCCAAUGUCAGCUCUGAUUGUUUUGACACUAAUCCACAAACCCUCUGACUCCACUUGCCACCCUGACCCUAGCUGUGGCUCCUGGUGUGCCUGGAGUGAGCUCACUGUCAGGCCCCUUUCCCUUCCCAUACAGUGGUAGAACACGAGCCCACGUCUGAGAAGUGGUUCCAAGUGGGCCACGGGAAUUCAAGGGAGAAUCAGCAAAGGCUGAGGAUUCAGGGAGAGCUGGCUAGGAAAGGGCAGGAUACAGAUAGAUCUGAAAGGGGAGGAGAGGGCAGGCCAGUCAUGGAAGGCCCAGGAGCAAAGAACUGAGCAUGGCUGCAGCCUAGAGGAGAGGGAAUACAGAGAAAGCAGCUUCGCAAUUUGCAGGCAGCCUUGGGUCUACAGGAGGAGGCUGGAGUCUGGUCCUGGGGAAAGGCCUAAGCUCUCCAGGAGAUCAGCAGGGCCCAGCAGGAGAGAGAUGGGUAUCUGAGACCAGAGCAGGAGCCAUAUGCUCUGUCCCCAUGGCAGCUUCUCUUUCAGGUCUCCCUGGGUGAUGUGCUUCUAACAGUUCUGCUGAAGAAGGAUGGGAAGCCUGCCCAGCCGAAGGAAAACCCUGCCAAGCCCAAGUUCCAGCCCUCCUGUCCCAGGCCAAGGACCUGAGCCCAUGCAAGCAGAGAAGAGCAAGGCCACAGCUGUGGCUCUGGGCAGUUUCCCGGCAGGCGGCCAGACUGAGCCGUCUCUGAGACUAGGAGAGCCAUUGACCAUCCUGUCUGAGGAUGGAGACUGGUGGACAGUGCUGUCAGAAGUCUCAGGGAGAGAGUACAAUGUCCCCAGCAUGCACGUGGCCAAGGUCUCCCACAGGUGGCUGUAUGAGGGCCUGAGCCGGGAGAAGGCGGAGGAACUGCUGCUGUUGCCUGGGAACCCUGGAGGGGCCUUCCUCAUCCGGGAGAGUCAGAGCAGGAGAGGCUGUUAUUCCCUGUCUGUCCGACUCAGUCGCCCUGCAUCUUGGGACCGGAUCAGACACUAUAGAAUCCAGCGCCUUGACAACGGCUGGCUGUACAUCUCACCACGCCUCACCUUCCCCUCACUGCAGGCCCUAGUGGACCAUUACUCUGAGCUAGCAGAAGACAUCUGCUGCCUCCUCAAGGAGCCCUGUGCACUACAGAGGCCUGGCCCAAUUCCUGGCAAGGAUAUCCCCCUACCAGUGACUGUGCAGAGGACAUCAAUCAAUUGGAAAGAGCUGGAGAGCUCCCUCUUGUUUUCGGAAGCACCUGCCACAGGGGAAGCAUCUCUUCUUAGUGAAGGGCUCCGGGAAUCCCUCAGCUCCUACAUCAGCCUGACUGAGGACACCUCUUUGGACAACGGCAAGAUUAAAAGCAAAGGUCAAAAAGGAAACCAAGUCUGUGGCACUUAGAACCCCAACUCAGCUCAUCAUGGGCACCCCGGGGGGCAAAGCAUCCAGCUCCACCUUGAGCCUUUGCUCCUCCCUCACUUGGCUCCAAGAAGUCAUUUACUUCCUCUCAGGCAAUGACUCUACGAAUGACCUCUAGUUCAAGUGGAGGGCAGUUGAGAACAGAGCCAGAGCUCCAAAGAAAGUAAACUUAGCCAGGUGCAGUGGCACAUGCCUGUAAUCCCAGCUACUUGGGGCCCUGAAGCAGGAGGAUCUAGAGCUCAAGGCCAGCCUGAGCAACUGAGUGAGACACUGUCCCAAAAUAAAACAUUUCAAAAAGGGCCAUGGAUGUAGCUCAGCAGCAGAGCACACGUGGUGCUUAACCAUAUGCAAGGUGCUGGGUUCAGUCCCCAGUACUGCACAAACACAAAGCAAACACCCAGUCAGUUUCCAAAUUUAGGAUUUCCAGUACCACUCAAUCUACUGCCUACCAAGUCACUCUACCUCCCUGAUAACCAGCCUCACCUACAAGGUAGAAACCACUACUAGCACCAAGGAGAAGCAAAUCAUUUAAAGAAACUGUAAAAGAACAAAUAAAAGGUCUGGGGUUGUGGCUCAGUGGUAAGGCGCUCAAGGUUGUGUUCGAUCCUCAACAUCAUAUAAAAACAAAUAAAUCAAGCAAAGGUAUUGUGUCCAACUGCCAAAUAAAUAAAAAUAAAGAACCAUACAAGUCUUGAUCAGAAUACUGCCACACCUUGGGGAGGGACUUUGGCUCAUGAGGAAAAGGAGAGCAGAGGGGCUGACGGCUUACCACAGCAGCAGAUCCUGGGUCGUCCAGCCUCCAUUUGACUCCCAGAACAAAGAGAAGGACUGCUGAUAAUCCAGGUCAUGAAGCACCCCCUCGCCCCCCCACCCCUGCCAUCGCUUCUUUGCACAGCCUCAGCUCUCUUUAGUUUUGUAGUUUAUCAUUCAAACCUAGCCAAGCUCUCCCAACCACCCCGAUCUUGCCAUCUUGUAAUCAAAUACAAAAUGACAUUUUGGGGCAUAACACACUGUGGGCCAGGCCCUUUCUCAGUGCUGGGCAGGGGCAUCAGAAGUGGUAAUCACUCUUUCCACAAACCCAAGACCAAGGCCAUGCCUGUUCCCUAAAGAGAAAGACACUUGGCUGAAGUUGCUGAGGGAGCAGACCGGGGAAGGGGGGACAGGCGGAGGCGGCACCUCUGGUACUUCUACUUGGUUCCGAGGCUACAGGUGGGUAGGAAAGGCUUUACCAGGUAUCAUCGACAGGUUCUCAGUUAAAGAUUUAUUUAUUCAAGUAUCUGAAAACAUUCUACAAUGCAAACUGUUAUCAGCUGCUGCUUGUACUGUGCUAACGACCGCAUACAUACUGCCAUACUGUUUUCAGAAGACUUGAAAUGCCACUGAUAGUUAAAAACUGUACACCUGAUGCAGAACCGAGGAAGACAAUUUAAUGUUUCAUCCCGAUCCAGAGGUGCAUCAAAUUAAAUGACAGCUCCACUCAGCAAACAGCUGUUACAUGAUGGUAUCCAAGAAGAAAGUUGGUGAUGGACAAAUUCAGAAAUGCUUCCCCCAAAGGCAGAUGAUUCUUUAAAAAGUUUCAGGUCAUGACCCUUGCAGAAAACACUGACGCCCAACACACUGAUUCUCGGUCCAG